AUCACAUUGUUUAACUUUAGAAAAAAACAAUCGUAAAAUAUUUAAAAUUUCUCUCCUUUCAUAUCGAAUAUCAAAUUAACGGUGCGAUGGCCAACAAUACGAACAAUUCCAUACCAAAGGCAAGCUCCGUAAUCCUGGCGGGACUUGGAGUGGCCGCCGUGGGAUUCGCCGGCAAGCACCUGAUGCGUCGGAUGCCCCAGAUGACCACCAAAUUCAACGAGGCCCUUAAGAACUUGCCCAAAUUCGAUGCAGAGAGCAUGGCAGCGUCCAAGUACUACAAGGGUGGCUUCGAUCCCAAGAUGAACAAGCGAGAGGCCUCCCUCAUCCUGGGCGUCAGCCCCAGUGCGUCGAAGAUCAAGAUUAAGGAUGCCCACAAGAAGAUCAUGUUGUUAAACCAUCCGGAUCGAGGUGGCUCUCCAUAUUUGGCGGCCAAGAUCAACGAGGCCAAAGACUUUCUAGACAAAGCCAAGUAGUUAGAUUAGCUCCCGCCUUUUGAGUGCAAAUAAAGUAGUUCGUGAUUAGCAAGUAA